CGCGUCUUCGUUUUCACAACCAAAAUUCCGAAGUGAUAUUCCAGCUAAGACGACGCUUUUACUAACAACGACACAGAAAGAGGUUAUUCGGAAAUCAUGGAUACCGCUUCAUAAAAGAAGAGCUGAAGUUGGUGUCAAAGUUUUCCUAACACUUUUUGAAAACGAUCCGGGGUUACAAAACAUGUUCUCGGAGUUAAGAGAGGUAAAACUAGAGGAGCUGGCGCGAACUCGAGAGCUUCACGGACAUACCGAGAGAGUGAUGCGUGUCGUGGAGAACUGCGUUAACGCUAUGGAUGACCCAGACUCCCUGAGAGCUUACCUGACAGAGCUGGGAAGGAGGCACGUAUAUCGAUCAGUAAAACCAACUGUUAGUAAUCUUCACCAGAUUUCCCAAGCGUUGAUUUCAACCUUUCGGGAGACCAUCCAGGAUGAGUGGACUCCUGAACUAGCAGAAGCCUGGGAACUACUGUUGAAUUACUUCACUCUAAUGUUGAAGGAAGGAAUACGUUCGACAGUUGAUUGACACACUAAAAUGUAUAUUUCACCUGGGGAAAACUCACCCACUGCACUGAAAUUUCUAAAAAUUGAAAGUCGUAAUAAUUUAUCUUGGAACGAAUGCGUGUUAUAAAGAGUUACCAAAAAACACAAGUAAGCGAGAUAAAUGUAGUUGAUUCCAUUUAAUAAUUCAAACCACGAACUUUGCACAUUAUCCAUUUUCAAAAAUACACGUCUAUAACGAAGUUUCUAAUUUAAGCAAAAUUUUUUUUACCUUUUAAUACAACGUGGCACUAGUCUCCUAAUGAAUGGAGAUUUACCUAAAUUAUAUCUUCGACGCUUCUUUUGUUACCUCAAAAUAGAACAAUGUGACAGCGAUCAGACGUUCUGAGUAUUGAGCGCAUUUUGACCGGGUGACGUAAAAAAACAACCAAUUUGGUGUACCACAGCCAAUCAGAAGAAAGGUACUAAAAAUUAACCAAUGACAAGUUGCCUAGAACACAGGAAAACGUGGCUGAAUAGACCACUUUCAUAAAUGGCUGCCGGAUUAAUAUUCUUUUGUUUAAAUUUAAAUUAGCCUUUCUGGCCUCG